CACCCAGACGAGUAGCCCCGCCCCUGGUACAAAUGCAGGGGCGCGACACGUGAUUCUUAUACCAAAAUCCAGUAUGGCGGAAUCUGUCAGUGAGUGAAAUCAACGGUGGCGCACUCUCCAACGGGAAUUAAAAUAUCUUGCAUUUUUCAGCUUGGAGUAACCGCCUCGCAAAGCAGGUUGUGAAUACAAUAAUACAUAAAGCAGCCCCCUGACUUGUCGUACUUGGAUUGGAUUAUCCGUGCCUGGAGGACGGGUGUGUUGGUGAACGAAGCCCCCCCCCAGAGUUUAUGCAGUGGAUGGUUUCUCCCUUGUAUGUAUCCGAGGAGCAGUGUGGCUCGAAGAGCUGAGCUUUUCUGUUGGGUUUUCUCUCCCCCCUGGAAAGACCGACCCAGUGGAGUCUCCAGGACGCCCUUCAAUGAUGAGCUCCCAAAGCCAAUCCCCAGAUGGACUUUCCAGCAGUGAGUACCCUUUGGGGCUUCUGAAGCCAUCUCAAGGCAACCACAUCCAGUCUUCUGUUGAUGUGAGCACAGCACUGCCCCUGCAAGUCCCCCAAGCUGCAAUCCCCAUGGACCUCCGGGUGGAUCACCAGUUCUCCCUGCCCUCUGCGGACCCUAACCUGCGGGAGAAGCAGCUGCAGCAGGAGCUCCUGGCUCUCAAGCAGAAGCAGCAGGUCCAGAGGCAGCUUCUCAUCGCUGAGUUUCAGCGGCAGCAUGAGCAGCUCUCCCGCCAACACGAGGCCCAGCUACAGGAGCAUGUCAAGCAUCAGCAGGAGAUGCUGGCUCUGAAGCACCAACAGGAGCUGAUGGAGCACCAACGCAAGCUAGAGAAACACCGCCAGGAGCAAGAGAUGGAGAAGCACCAGAGAGAACAGAAACUGCAGCUUCUCAAGAACAAGGAGCGCGGCCAAGAGAGUGCAGUAGCCAGCACAGAGGUGAAGAUGAAACUCCAAGAGUUUGUGUUGAAUAAGAAGAAGGCUUUAGCUAAGAGAAACCUGAACCACUGCAUGCCGAAUGACCCUCGCUUCUGGUAUGGGAAAACCCAGCACAGUUCUUUGGAUCAGAGCUCCCCACCCCAGACUGGGAUGUCUGCCACUUUCAAUCACCCGCUCUUGGGGAUGUAUGAUCCCAAAGAUGACUUCCCCCUCCGAAAAACAGCAUCUGAACCUAACCUGAAGCUGCGUUCUCGACUAAAACAGAAGGUAACAGAGAGAAGGAGUAGCCCUUUGUUACGGAGGAAAGACUGCCCAGUCACAGCUGCAAAAAAGCGGCCAAUUGAUGUUGCAGAAUCAGCCUGCAACAGUGCCCCUGGAUCUGGACCAAGUUCUCCAAAUAACAGCUCGAACAACAUCACUACAGAGAACGGGAUUGCAGGAUCUGUUAGCAACAGCCUAGCCAAGCCCACCUUGGCUCGCAGGCUGGUGAAUCGGGAAGGAUCGAUGGCACAGUUGUCUCUGUACACGUCGCCUUCUCUACCCAACAUCACAUUAGGAUUGCCAGCCACCGGGCCGUCCAGUACUGCCUCAGGACAGCAGGAAGGUGACCGCCUGGCCAUGCCUGCACUCCAGCAGGGGCUCUCCAGAACCACUCCCUUCAUCCCCGGUACCCACCUGUCCUCCUACCUGGGCGCCGCUGCACUAGAGAGGGACGGGGGGAAUGCACAUAACCCUCUCCUACAGCACAUAGUCCUGCUGGAGCAGUCCACUGCACAAAACCCCCUGUUGACAGACUGGUAUGUUUCAGGCCUCGGGGCCUUGCCCCUCCACGCACAGUCCCUGGUGGGUGGCGGUGAACGGGUCUCCCCCACCAUACACAAGCUGAGGCAGCACCGCCCGCUAGGCCGCACGCAGUCCGCCCCCUUGCCCCAGAAUGCACAGGCCCUACAGCAGCUCGUCAUCCAACAUCAGCACCAGCAGUUCCUGGAGAAACACAAGCAGCAGUUCCAGCAGCAGCAGCUGCACCUCAACAAGAUGAUCCCAAAGCCAAGCGAGCCGAGCCGGCAGCACGAGAGCCACCCUGAGGAAACAGAGGAGGAGCUGCGGGAACACCAGGCCCUGGCGGACGAGCCCUUCCGAGACCGAGCCCCCAAAGAGGGGCAGCCCCGCCUCGUCCAGGUCAAGCAGGAGCCUCUGGAGAGCGAAGAGGACGCUCAGCAGCAGCAGCAUCAGCAGCAACAACAACAUGAAGAGCUGGAACACAGGCAGAGGCAGGCAGAGCAGGAGGGGCUGUUCAGUCAGCAAGCCUUGUUACUGGAACAGCAACGCAUCCACCAGCUGAGAAACUACCAGGCGUCGAUGGAGGCGGCCGGGAUCCCCAUCAGCUUCGCGGGGCACCGGCCCCUCUCCAGAGCCCAGUCCUCCCCUGCCUCAGCUACCUUCCCCAUCUCUGUGCAGGAGCCACCCACCAAGCCUCGAUUCACCACCGGUCUGGUGUACGACACACUCAUGCUGAAGCACCAGUGCAUGUGUGGCAACACCAACACACACCCAGAGCACGCCGGGAGGAUCCAGAGCAUAUGGUCUCGGCUUCAAGAGACUGGCCUUCGAAACCAGUGCGAGUGUAUUCGUGGAAGGAAGGCAACGUUGGAGGAGCUGCAGACAGUUCACUCGGAGCCCCACGUCCUGCUCUACGGCACAAACCCGCUCAACAGGCAGAAAUUAGACAGUUCUUUGACCCCCAUGUUUGUGAGGCUCCCCUGCGGCGGAGUUGGAGUAGACAGUGACACGAUUUGGAAUGAGGUGCACUCAUCCAGCGCUGCAAGGUUAGCUGUGGGCUCUGUGGUCGAGCUGGUCUUCAAAGUAGCCUCUGGAGAGCUAAAGAAUGGCUUUGCUGUGGUCCGGCCCCCUGGACACCAUGCUGAGGAGAGCACCCCCAUGGGGUUCUGCUACUUCAAUUCUGUGGCAAUUGCUGCCAAGCUCUUGCAACAGAGACUGAAUGUUAGCAAGAUCUUAAUAGUCGACUGGGAUGUUCACCAUGGCAACGGCACCCAGCAAGCCUUCUACGACGACCCCAACGUGCUGUACCUUUCACUGCAUCGCUAUGACGACGGCAACUUUUUCCCAGGCAGCGGUGCUCCCGACGAGGUUGGCAGCGGCCCUGGGGCUGGAUUUAAUGUUAACAUUGCAUUCACUGGUGGUGUGGACCCUCCAAUGAGCGACGCAGAAUACCUUGCAGCUUUCAGAACUGUGGUAAUGCCCAUUGCGAACGAGUUUGCUCCCGACGUGGUGCUGGUUUCUUCAGGAUUCGAUGCGGUCGAGGGACACCCAUCUCCACUCGGAGGGUACAGCGUCACUGCAAAGUGUUUUGGCUACCUGACAAAGCAGCUGAUGGGAUUGGCUGGGGGCCGCGUGGUGCUUGCUUUGGAAGGGGGUCAUGACCUCACCGCCAUUUGUGAUGCAUCCGAAACAUGUGUUUCUGCUUUAUUGGGAAACAAGCUCAGUCCCAUUCCACAAGAGGUGUUGCAGCAAAGGCCAAACCCAAAUGCUGUACAAUCCAUGGAAAAGGUCAUUGAGAUACAUGGUAAAUACUGGCGCUCUCUCCAGCGCCAUGCCUCCACUGUGGACUAUUCUCUCAUUGAAGCUCAGAAGCGCGAGACAGAAGAAGCAGAGACAGUCACAGCCAUGGCCUCCCUGUCGGUGGGAGUCAAAAGCAUGGAGAAAAGGUCACAAGAUGAGCCAAUGGAGGAGGAGCCACCCCUGUAACAGCAGACCGAGCCUUUCCUUGCGUUCCUGAUCCAGAGUCUCUUGCAUCUCUUGCAAGAAAGUCAAUUUUAUUUUUUCCCCUCGUUACGCCAACAUCCUCUUAUGGUGUUUCAUCUGGGAUCCGGCAACAAACGAGUGUGGGAGCUGUGAACGGAUGGAAGAAAACAAUAUAUUAUUCUAGAAAGCAACACGUUCAUUCUGUAGUACGUUCUGAAAUAAAGGGGCAGCCAGCCGACGCAUUGGGCAGAGUAUAUGGACAGUUAAAAAAAAACAAACAAUAGAGAUAUAUAUGUAGGUGUGAAAGCUGGAGCUUAUAACUUUACCUUUGGUUCAAUGUUCAAGGCAGAAUGACUUAAUACUUGUGGUUUUCUUUUUUUUGGAUCUUAUUCAGAGACAUUUGUUAGCUCUUAAAAAUAAACUAAAAGACAUUGCCAUGAUUGUUUGAAAAAAAAAAAUAAUAAUUAAGACACUUUCCAAGAAAGAGGAUACAGCUGAGGGAGUGGGCUUCAGGCUGCAAUUUGAUGAAAGAGUUUGAAGAAUGAGAGUUUGUGCCUUUUUUUGACCUGAUGGAUUUCUUGAUGAAUUCAGAAGUACAAUGCCUUAAACAAGUGACGUAACAGAAUGAUUCUUCAUCUUUCUUUCUUUUUCACACACACACGAUAUGAGCGCCCAAAGCACGCCGUUGGACUAAACUCUUCAGCAUGUUUACGAGGAAAAGUGGUGUAGCCAACAGCUUGCGUUUCAGAACUUUAUUUUUUUCUUUAACUGUUAUAUUAAAAACAAUACAUACAUAAAAUAACCAUUUGUAAGGUAGUUGCCAGUUAAGGGGCAAACAUUGUUGGUAUAAAAACACUUUAUAAAACUACAGUUAGCGUAGGCCUGUGUAGAUUUAAGAUAUAGAAACUUGACCAAAUACUUUUUUUUUUUUUUUUUUUAAAGCAUGUACUGUAUAAGAGUGACUUGUCUUUUGCAAAUUAGAAUGCCUUUUAAAAAGUAAUAAGAAUAAUACAAAACAACCAAAGCAUGAAAGUUUGCUUCUCGCUCUUUAUUCCAUGAAUACUGCAAGCUAUAAAGCAAGGCUUUUUCCUUUAUGAACAAACUAACAAAGUAUAUAGGAAUAUUUUUUAAACAAUGUACUGCGUACAUGGCAAUAUUUAUAUGCCAGACCUUCCAACCUAUAACAUCACAGCAUACUGUAUAUGCAAGGUGUUUUGUAAAUUGAUAUAGUCAGGGUUAUAAUGAUGCUGGAAUGUAACCUUGAUUAGUUAAACACAAAUUGCAACUGAAAUUCCAUGUGCUGGAAAGAUCUAAGUGUAUUUCCAAAGGUUUGGAAGUUUCUUUGACCAGAACCAUCUUGUGAGAGAUUCUUAUUUUACUGGUGAAACAAAAGUAAUAGAUAAAUAUUUUACUUAUUCGUGGCUUGCCUCAAUUUGACAUAUUUCACAGCGGUGUCAGACAGUACUGAGCAUGUAUACGUCACUUGGCGUAAAUCAGGACGUCUCUUGAUGACACUGCAGGUCACUGCGAGGGUGUUUGGGAUUUUAGCGUGGCAGGACCAUACACAGAAAAUGAGAUGCACGAGUUAAACAGUGUAUGCAGUCUAUAAUCACAUGUACAGAGAUUGCUAACCCCGCUUUACCAGGGAGCGUAAGAAACUGGAGACCAACUUUUAAAACCCAACUUAUGUUGAGCAACUUGGCAACUACCUUAAAUCAUAUUUUUACUGGAUAUUGAGUUUGAUCAUGAUGUAUGUUUAUUAUUACUGCGUUUUACAGAUUUUUGGGGGGUGAAAAUGCCAGAUUUUAUUUUUCACCCCCUUCUCAAAAGUUCCCUUUUAUCAGUAAUGUGUUGUUUUUAUGUCAUUGAUCUUCUUGUAUGAUGCUUUUACCUAUGCUUUUUUUUUUUUUACUUUUUUUUUUUUUUUUUCUUUUGGUUUUCUUCCUGUACAGUUGAGAACGCAUUUCUGCAGGCUUAAAAGAACGGGCAGCAGUUUUUGCUCACAAGUUUUCAGAAAGCGGAAUUUUAAUGUGCUUGUGGGAGGGGGAAGGGGGAAGAUUGUUUCUACUUUGUAUAAUGAUUCCAACAGUUGUGUAUUUACUAUAGGUUCUGUUCAUUGUAGAUUUAUAUAAAAAUGCAGUCUUGUUAAAAUAAAUAGUAUUGCAAAUUGAUAUUCUACACUCAUUAACUCAAGCUAGUAGAGAUGCUCUUACUGGUGUUUUUCACAGCACUGCUGUAGGCUGUAACAGAUUAAGGGAGAUUGUGUUAAUUGUUUGGUUUUAAUUUAGUGUAUUUAUUUUUUCCCCUCAUGAAAAUACAGCUUUUGGCUGCAAAAAUUGGCUUCACAGUUGAACACUGGUAGUAUUUUCAAGUAAAAAAAUAAAAAAUAAAAAAUAAGCUCUACACAAAAUAAAAAUAGGCUGGCAGGCAGGAAAUACUUUAGGGAGUGUACAACCGACAGAAGGGUCGUAGCAUGCGAUUUCUUUUUCAUUUUCAUUGAGCAAGUAAACAAUUUGCAUUCCUGGGUUUGAAAUUGGAGCCGCCUUGUUGAAUUUUACUAGAAGCGUAAUGUGCUAGAAGGCCUUUUCUGUCUUCUAUUCCACAAUGUAAAAUACACUACCAUUGUAUUUUGAAAUGUUUUGAACUAAACAUGGUCAGUUGUUUAUGAUGUACUUUUCCACAAAUCCUGAUUGUUUUUAGAAAUGUGGACCUCUUUUUUUAUGAACCACUUCGCUGCUUGUUAUUUUAUAUAUUUAUAU